AUUAUAGAUUGUAGGUACUUAUUAUUAAUUCAAGAAAUAACAAAUGCUUUUUAGUCAAAGCAGUUCUUGAUGCUAAUAAUAAUUAUAACUAAAUUUUUCAGUUUUAUAGACUGUGUGCCAAUACGGUUUAUUCUAAGGUAAUCUUUCGCAAUAAGUUUUUUUACAGUUUUUUAUAUGCUCUUAGAGCGAUUAUAUCUGAUGAUUAAAUGAAUGUGAUAUUAUUUCUAGCCUUGGUUUUGGAUUGCGUUUCAAGUCCGACAAACCAUAUUGGCAUGCAGUCUAUAGAACCGAAAAAUUUAGUUAUAAUUAUUAGCAUCAAGAACUGCUUUGACUGAAAAGGCAUUUAUUGUUUCUUGUAUUAUUCAACUAUUAGCCGAAAUAUUUAUUUAAUUAUUGUUUAUUAUUAAUUACUUUUUAUACAAAUAUUAUUCUGUAUUUUAGAUGGAUAACUUACAAAGAAAAAAGAGAAGUGCAAACAUUACAAACGAACAAAGAAGUUUAUUAAUUGAAUAUAUGAAGAAGCAUCCACAACUAACACAUGGAAAAUUUUCGACAUCUUUUACAUUAAAAGAUAGUAUACAUUUGUGGAAUGAAAUUACACACAUUUUGAAUGCAGUUAACGGAGCUAAAAAAGAUUGGAAAGGUUGGCGAAAGUGUUGGCAUGAUUUUCAAUCACGCAGUAAGAAGAAAUUUUCAACUAUAAAACAGUCUAUGGCAAAAACGGGUGGUGGUACAAUAAGUGCUGAGUCAUUAACUACACAAGAAGAACAAGUUUUGGACAUAAUGUGUCCAACCAGCAUUACAGGACAUCCUGAAAUAAAAGAAUCUACUGUUAAUAUAUUGGAGGAGGUUCCAGAGGUAAGACAAAAAGUAUUAUAUAUUUUUGUUAUUAAUAUUUAUUAUACAAUAUAAUACACACUAAAUAGAUUUGGUUAAUGUUAUACAUUUUCAUAAUAAUACAAAUUUAGAAAUUUUAUAUAUAUACAUUUAUGUAUUUUAUAACACUAACAACUUAAAAUUUUAAUAAGUAAAAUGUUUAUGUGCUUUACAGGAAGAAAUAAUGGAAGUCGAAUUUUUGGAUGAAGAUGAAGAAUAUGUCUUAAACGUUAAUAAGAAUCCAGAUACAGAUCCAGAUACAGAUAGUAGUGCCUACAAUAUGUCACAAACAAAUCAAACAAAUAUUGACAAUGAAUAUACACAGAAAUUAGUAAGUGGAAAAAGAAAUAUUGCUAGCACAUCAAGGAAUUAUACUGAUGUUAAAAAAUCUACUAUUAAAUUUGAUAAACCGAUUAAAGAAAAUAGAAUUUUGCUAAAUAAAAUUAAUUCAAUACAAAA